CAGAAAGAAAAAAAAAUCUUCAGACGUAGUUUUGACGAUGGCAUUGGAGAAAGAAAGAGUGUGUGUAACAGGAGCUGGUGGGUUCAUAGGCUCAUGGACGGUCAAGCUUCUUCUCUCCAAAGACUACUUUGUUCAUGGAACUGUUAGAGAACCCAGAGAUGAGAAGAACGCUCAUUUAUAUCAACUUGAGAAAGCAUCUAAGAAUCUGAAACUCUUCAAGGCAGACCUAUUGGAUUACGAUUCUCUCUAUUCCGCAAUCGUUGGAUGCAGUGGAGUCUUUCAUGUAGCCACUCCUGUUCCAUACACAGAUGUACAAAAUCCUGAGGUGGGGAUGAUUGAACCAGCUGUAAAGGGCACACUCAAUGUUCUGAAAGCAUGUGCUGAGGCAAAAGUUAAGAGAGUUGUUGUAGUGUCAUCUGUAGCUGCUGUUGUCUACAACCCCAGCUGGCCCAAGGGUCGAGUGCUGGAUGAAACUUGUUGGUCUGAUAAGGAGCAUUGCAGAACAAAUAAGAGAUGGGGAUGGUAUGCUUAUUCCAAAACGGUAGCGGAAAGAGAGGCUCUGGAAUAUGGAAAAACAAAUGGGCUUGAUGUUGUAACCAUUUGUCCUGGCUAUGUUUUUGGGCCAGUUCUGCAGUCCACAAUGAACACUAGCAGCUGGAUUCUCGUAAAUCUAAUGAAAGGUCCCGAGUCAGAUGAAAACCAAGUGCGGAUGAUAGUUGAUGUGCGUAAUGUAGCAGAAGCCUUAAUUUUACUAUAUGAGAAGCCUGAAGCGGAAGGGAGAUAUAUAUGCACUGCGUACGGAUGCAAAGGACAAGAACUUGUUGAUAAACUGAAGAAUCUAUAUCCUCAUUACACAUAUCCCAAAUUCUUUACUGAAGGAGAGGAGGACAAAGUUCUAACUUCAGAAAAAUUGCAGAAGCUGGGUUGGAGUUUUAGGCCUUUGGAAGAGACUCUUACUGAUUCCGUCGAGAGUUACAAGAAAGCUGGAAUCUUAAAUUAAGAAAGUUGUACUGGGUAUAUUUAUGUGUCCACCCUCUUCUGCUUACAGGGAGGGUGUGGUUUUGAGGUUUAUACAAGUUUUUCUUCAGAUUCGAAUCAGUGUAGUGUUUAAAUAAAUAAUAAAAUAAUAUUUAGAAUAAUUUUCUUUAUUUAA